AUGAAACGCAUCGUCCACUACGUGAACCAGUUCUUCGCCGGCCUGGGCGGCGAAGAGAGCGCGGGCACGCCGCCCGGCACGCUGGAAGGCGCGGUUGGCCCGGGCGGCUGUUGCAGAUCCUUGCUCGGCGAGGGUGCCGGCAUCGUCGCCACGGUCUACUGCGGCGACGAUCACUUCUCGGAGAACGAGGAGGAGGCGACGGCCCGGCUGCUGGAGCUGAUUGCGGCGGCCAAGCCCGACCUGCUGUUCGCCGGGCCGGCCUUCGGCUCGGGCCGGUACGGGCUGGCGUGCGCGGGGGUGUGCCGGGCGGCGGGCGCGGAGCUCGGGAUCCCGGUCCUGACCGCCAUGGCUCUGUCCAACCCCGGUGCCGACCCGAUCCGGCGCGAGAUCCCGGUGGUCCGGACCGGGGAGUCGUCGGGCGAUAUGCGCGACGCCCUCGAGCGCUCGGCCGGACUGAUCGCGAGGAUCCUGACCGGCGAGACCGUGGCUCCGGGCAGCGAGGAGGGUCUGAUCCGGGGUGGCCGUUGGAACACGCGGGUCGAGCCGGCGCCGGGUAUCCGCGACCUCGGGCACGCCAAGAUCGCGCUGGUCACCACCGGCGGCCUGGUUCCCCGCGGCAACCCCGACGGUAUCAAGUCGUAUCUGUCCACCCACUUCGGCACCUACGGCCUGGAGAGCAAGGAGCACCUCACCGCGGACGAGUUCGAGUCGGUGCACGGCGGCUUCUUCACCGCGCGCGCGAUGGCAAAGGAACUGGAAAGAGGCGGCAUCCCCACGGUGCACGUGACCAAUCUCGUUUCGGUGUCGGCAAACACCGGCGCCAAGCGGAUCCUGUCGGGACGGGCGAUUCCGCAUGUGUUCGGGGACCCCUCCCUUGACGCGGAUGAGGAGCGCCGGCUCCGGCGGCGCUUGGUGGAGCAGGCGCUGGAAAUGUUGAAGGAGCAGGAGGGGGCGUCGUGA